UUGUGUUCAAUUUGAAUGGUUCACUUGCAGCACCACGAAAUCGAUCAUCGUCUAGCCGUUUGUCCAAGUAGUAGAUCGUUCCGUUUAUGGCAUCGGCGAGCCGUAAAGCGAAAUGGCUGCGAUUUACAAAUGAACGACGGGUGGAAAUUUGUCUGCCUUUCCCCGUUUAGAUGAGGGCAAUCAAAUGUAGUGCAGCACCGUUUUAUGGUCAGAUUAACGUCGGUUGUUCUCGCGGGCUAUGGGAAAUGGUUCUGGUGGCUCGUAAGAGAAAAAAAGCUGUCGUUUUUUUUUGCUUUUUCCCGUUUCUGAAUUUGAUGAUAAGAACUAUCUUUAUCUACCACUUUCCUAUCAAUCACGUCGAGUAAAAUAUCAAACGCUAGCCGGCCGCUUUAACGGACAAAAAGCAGGGCAUCAAGCUAGAAUAAGCUGCUGGACUGGGGAUGACCUUUUGUUGGACAUGGGACUGGAGCCGAUACAUAAAAAAAAAUUCCAAACGAUCACGUGGCGUAGAUUUUUACGUUGAAUUAAUUUGAAUUCGAAUGGUUUGGAUCGUGUUUAUAAUCCAUGGUUUUGGUAACAAAAUCGAGUAACUUUUUUCGAGCAAAAUCGAGCAAGUUUGAACAGUGGUGGUCGAUAAAGUAAGAGUGCCGUAACGUAAACAAAAAACUGGUUUAAAAUCCGUGUGAAAUUCCGGGCCAGAUUUUCCCAAAGAAAGAUAGUGAAAAACGAUGAGUACGACCACAAUUCCGGCCGAUGCACCGGCCCACUGCCCCGGAACGGAAAGUAACGAUGCGGGAAAGGCGUCCGCCUGUGCCGGUUGCCCCAAUCAGCAGAUCUGUGCGACGGGGCCGAAAGGCCCGGAUCCGGCGAUAGCGCUGGUUCGCGAGAAGCUCACGGAUGUCCGGAACAAGCUGCUGGUCCUCUCGGGUAAGGGAGGUGUCGGCAAGAGCACGGUAACGGCCCUCCUAUCCCGCGCCAUGGCCCACCGGACACCGGAGGAGAACUUUGGUGUACUCGACAUCGAUAUCUGUGGACCUUCGCAGCCGCGCGUUCUCGGAGUACUCGGCGAACAGGUGCACCAGUCCGGAUCCGGCUGGUCGCCCGUCUACAUCGAGGACAACCUGAGCCUAAUGUCGAUCGGGUUUCUGCUCGGCAGCCCGGACGAUGCCAUCAUUUGGCGUGGACCAAAAAAGAACGGUAUGAUCCGGCAGUUCCUCACGGAGGUCGACUGGGGACAGCUGGAUUACCUGUUGCUCGAUACACCUCCCGGCACAUCCGACGAACACCUUUCGGCCACUACCUUCCUCCGUGGAACGACCGGACGAUGGGGUGCCGUCCUCGUGACCACUCCGCAAGAGGUCGCUCUGCUGGACGUACGGAAGGAGAUAUCGUUCUGCAAGAAACUCGGCAUUCCGAUCGCCGGCGUGAUCGAGAACAUGUCCGGUUUCGUCUGUCCAAAGUGUACGGUACAAUCGAUGAUAUUCCCGGCCCGGACCGGACCUAACGGUACGGGGGGAGCCGAAGUGAUGUGCCAGGAAAUGGAGGUUCCGUACCUUGGUCAGCUACCGCUCGAUCCGCGGCUCACCAAGUGCUGCGAUGAAGGCAAAGAUUUUAUCACCGAAUUUCCAGAAAGCCCGGCCGUCACGGCGCUCGAUGCGAUCGUGACGAAGGUGCGGACGUUUUUCGAAGAGGCGCCGGAGAAUAUGUAGAAUAAAGGGAGCCAGCGGACAUCAUUCUGUA